UAUUUCAGUCUGAUGCUCAGUCAGUCAGCAGCAAGACACCAUGGAGGUCACAGCUCUCUGCUUCAGACUGUUGAUGCUUGAAUUCACUCUGCUCAACAGUUAUGCUCAGAAAAGUGAUGCAGCUUUUCUUCGUAUCACUCCAGACAGACUGCAGCACUUUAAAUCUGACGCUGUCACCUUUGACUGUGAGGGCUCUGAUGGCUCGACCAAACUGAGAGUGAUCAGGAAUAAUGUGGAAUCUGAUCCAGUAUGUGAUAAGAGGACGCCAUCAGGGUCCUCCUGUACCAUUGAAAGAGCCUAUCAAGAAGACAGCGGAGAAUACUGGUGUGAGGCUGAAGGAGGAGAGAGGAGCAACAGUGUCAACAUCUCUGUCAUCACUGCUGGUUCAGUGAUCCUGGAGAGUCCUGCUCUUCCUGUGAUGGAGGGAGACAACGUGACUCUGAGCUGCAGAGACAAGACGGUGUCCACCAACCCCUCAGCUGAUUUCUAUAAAGAUGGCGUCCUCAUCAGGAGCAGCUCUACAGGAGAGAUGACCAUCCACAGUGUUUCCAAGUCUGAUGAAGGACUCUACAAGUGUCACAUCUCUGGAGCUGGAGGAUCACCAGAGAGCUGGAUGGCUGUCAGAGUUUCCUCAAAGAAAAGAACAGCAGCAUCACACGCAGUUAAGGACAACCAAACACUCUGUAGGGACAAUGCUUCAGAUGAUUCAGAUGAUGCAGACGAUGUGAUGUAUACAGUCGUUUCCAUAAAACCAAGAGAAGACAAAGACGCUGCAGACGCUGCUGAUAAUUUGAGCCUCAGGUCAAACCACACCAGAAAACCACGGGCUGAAAAAUAUAAGGAUGAGUCUUCAUUUCAAUCAGUUUACUCUACGUUGACUAUAAGUCAGACUCCAAAAGCUCUCCAACAGGAAUCAGGAUUAUCCAGCUCCACAGUGAGCCUGAGUCCCACAGCAGCCAAAGACCCAAGUACAACAGAGCAGAAACCUAUCGAAACAACUGUCCAGAAGGUCAAGAGCAGAGAUGCCUGACUGAGGAAGACUCCGUGUGCAAAGGAAGAAGAAACAAAUCACAAAUACUGUCAUUUCAUUUUAUUAUAGGUUAGCCUAUUCAGUAUUACUCUACAGCUACAUCAGACCUUUCAUAUUUCAAAAUGUUAUGUAUUUGCAUUUUAUGUUUACUCUGGAACAAAACAGAUAAAGAAAGUUGUAAACACAUACUUUUUAAGUUUCAAACUCAGUUUGGAUUUAAAAUAUAGUUAAAUGCAAUACUAACACAUUCUCACUCCGAUCUUGUCACAUAUCAACAUUUGGUCAAGUGCUAGUAUUUGACUUCGGAGUGUGACUGGAUUGUCAGUUAAUAUGCAUUUCUUAGUCUAACCUUUCGAAUAGUGCAAGUUUGGCUGGAUGAUCUAGUCACACUGACAGUUGUGAGGAGAC